AGCCGGACUCCUGUGGUUGAGGGCACUUCCGCCUCCUCGCCGGACUGAUGUCGGAAAAAGAAGGAACAUCUUAGGUGCCUCAUUCCCGUGUUGAUAUAUACCUGCUUUUCAGACAUCCGUGAAUAACAUAUUUUCCUUGAGCUCAAGGAUGGAGAAGGAUGAGCCCUGGCCCCCCUAUAUUAAAGAGGAAGAGGAGGAGCCCCUACAAAUAAAGGUGGAAGAGGAGGAGCUAAAGUACCCCCACAUUAAAGGGGAGGAGGAGGAGCCACAUACCUCUUACACGAAGGAAGAAAAAGGAUCCCAGCUCCCCCUCACACUACAGAGAAAGAUGAGUCAUAUUAAAGAAGAAGAGGAGGAACAGAGCAUCAGUCAGGAGGGAGAGCAUGUUGAAGGACUGCUGGAGGAUGAUGUCAUCAAGAUGUCAUUGACCGCUGUGAUUGUGAAGAGUGAAGAAGAGGUCAAAAGUGAAAGUGAAAGUGAGGAGGAGCCUCCAAGCGGCAGCUCAACACAACACAUGACAACAGAAGCUGAUAGAGACUACUGUGGAGGAUCACAAGCAGACAUGCUCUUCGCUCCACUCUCUGAAGGUGAUGCAACAUGUCUCACGGACAACACCCUCUUCACGUGCUCUCACUGUGACAAACCUUUUAAACACCAGUGUCGUCUGAAAGUACACAUGAGAACGCACACUGGAGAAAAACAGUUUUCCUGUUCAAUCUGCAGUAAGGAUUUUACCCAAAAACACCAUUUGAAAACGCACAUUAGAAUACACACUGGGGAAAAACCUUUCUGCUGCUCAGAAUGCGGUAAAGGUUUUGCACAUAAUAGUGUGCUGAAAAUACACAUGAGAAUACACACUAGAGAAAAACCUUUUCCCUGUUUAAUCUGCGGUAAGUAUUUUACUCAAAGGCAACAUGUGAAAACACACAUGAGAACACACACUGGAGAAAAACCCUUUUCCUGCUCAGAAUGCGGCAAAGAUUUCACACGAUCUAGCGAUUUGAAAAUACACAUGACAACACACACUGGGAAAAAACCUUUUUCAUGCUCAGAAUGUGUUAAAAGUUUUACACGAACUAGCGAUUUGAACGUACACAUGAGAAUUCACACGGGGGAAAAACCUUUUUCUUGUUCCAUCUGUAGUAAAGGUUUUACACGAACGAGCGAUUUGAAAAUACACAUGAGAACACACACUGGGAAAAAACCUUUUUCCUGCUCACUAUGUGUUAAAAGUUUUACACGAACCCACGAUUUGAAAGUACACAUGAGAAUUCACUCUGGAGAAAAACCCUUUUCUUGUUCCAUCUGUGGUAAAGGUUUUACACGAAGUCGCGAUUUGACAGUACACAAGAGUAGACACACCGGUGAAAAAACAUAUCCCUGUAUAAACUGCAACAAAAGCUUUUGUAAAAAGAAAAACCUUGAAAGACACACGAGAGUUGCAAUGUGUGUGAUGAAUGAAUCUCUUAUAAGUGCCAGUCAGUACAUGCCCAUCACUAAAGUAGUCCCAUUUCACAAAUAGUUCAAUCCAAUCCACUUUUUUUAUAUAGCACAUUUAAACAACAAAAAUGUUUCCAAAGUGCUGCACAAAAACAUUAAAAACUAGAUUCAAAUACUAUCUUUAGCUCCACCAGUGACUGAAUGAAAACAAGUAAUAAAUAUAAAAACAAUAUAAAAAUAUAUAUGAUUAAAAACGAUUUUAAAGGGUAAAACCAAUUCAAACAAUAAAUAGAAAUAAUAGUUCGGCUCUAAAUAAGCAAUCUACAACCUUAACACCUUAAUCCGAUCACGUCCGGUUUUUGAAAAGUCGGAUUAACACACCUGGAUUCUACGAUUGGAAACCAGAUCUCUCCAGGGUGGUGCGUGCCGGAAGGGACCCUUUGUAUCUCAACACGCAGGAUAUAACCCGGAAGCAGGUACCAUUCAAUAAUAACGUAGGCAACAAUUGCAACGAAGAGGAGACAAAUGAAAAGAACAGAACAUUUUCAAGCGCAUCGAUGGUAGGAAAAAGGAAACAGAUUUAUUGAAUAAGGUAGCUAAGAAAAUUGAGAAUUCCUGUUUAAUUUGGACAUCCGAACAAAAUUCAAACAAGAUGGAAGAGAAUGAAGCAGAUAUAUUUAUUAUAAGGCAAAUAAUAAAGUACCCGUGCAUUUGUGCACGCCAACUGAUGAACAAUAACUGUAUUCCACACAACUGGCAAGAUAUUCCAGAACAGCGGUGUCAAACGUACAGCCCGUGGGCCGAAUCAGGCCCACGGGCGAAAUGAGUUUGUUAAGUACAAAAAUAAGCAGUAGUUUUUUUAAUGAAGAAAAUUGCUGUUCGAAAUGUGUCCACUUGAUGACGCAAUAGCAAUUAUUUGUAUCCGCUGCCACGAGAGCGUGCAUUACGCUACGUGCUUCCGCUGCUUAUAAGUGAUAGUGUACAAAAUGUGGAUAUUUACUUUCAUGCCAUAUUGUCAACGAUGUUGUUGGUAAUAUAACCUGUGACAUUUAUACCCAAAUAAAUGCGUUUAAUAAUCUGUACAUUUCGUGUUGGAUUUAUGACUGCAUGGGGACUAACUUCAUGUGUGAUGAAUGAAAUGAGUCUAAAUUCACAAGUUUAGUUGACGAUGAUGCUAUCUAUAUACCGUAUUUUUCGGACUAUAAGUCAGUUUUUUUCAUAGUUUGGCCGGGGGUGCGACUUAUACUCAGGAGCGACUUAUGUGUGAAAUGAUUAACACAUUAGCGUAAAAUAUCAAAUAAUAUAAUUUAGCUCAUUCACGUAAGAGACUAGACGUAUAAGAUUUCAUGGGAUUUAGCGAUUAGGAGUGACAGAUUGUUUGGUAAACGUAUAGCAUGUUCUAUAUGUUAUAGUUAUUUGAAUGACUCUUACCAUAAUAUGUUACGUUAACAUACCAGUUGGUUAUUUAUGCCUCAUAUAACGUACACUUAUUCAGCCUGUUCACUGUUCUUUAUUUAUUUUAAAUUGCCUUUCAAAUGUCUAUUCUUGGUGUUGGGUUUUAUCACAUACAUUUCCCCCAAAAAUGCGACUUAUACUCCGGAGUCUAUCACUUUUAUACUUAUUCAUAAGAGUGAUUCAAAAUAUAGGUUUUUGAAAUAAUGACGUGUUGCAUAAUUUAAUUUCUAAUUUUAAUGAUUGCAGAGAAGAACUCAUAUAUGAUGUACAUACUUAUUUUACAUUUGUACAUCCCUUUGCUUUUGAGUACACAUAAAAUCCCUCUUAGUUCAUAUUAACUGGUUCACAUGUGAAACAUCUUCUGGAAGCAUAACAUUGUUUACUUUAUAUAUAAUUUGAGCAGUUGUGUUUCAUACAAGAUUGUUUACUUUUAAAAUGUGUGACUUUAUGAAUCAUUGUUCGAAUAAUAUCAUCUAUUACUCUCUUUCGUAAUAUGAAUACUGUUUUGUGAUUGAUUCAUGUGUUUGUCCUCAGACCUUUAUGU